AUGCUACCGAACAAUCAAGUUCGCGUUCCCCGUGCGCGGGUGGUUACUCAGUCUGCGGUGCGCGACAUUACCACCGAAUUCACAAAUGCUGCCUCGAAAUUAAAGACAGGCCAGCUCGUGAAAGAUGAAACGUUCACGCUGUUUGAGGCCGUGGGCGCAUUGGAGCUGACGACGAUCGAAACGGCACAGAUCAUGGACUCGAAGAUGGACAGUGGCUAUAUUGCCCCCGGAGAAAACCUUGCGGGAGCGCUGGAAGACGAUUACGACGUACGGCGACCGUUGACACCAGAGGAAGUUAUUGGAUUGAUGGAUCAGUUGCUGUGCCACGAGGUCGGUGAAGAAUGCGCCCAUGCACAGACGGAAUGGUUGCUGACAUUAUUCCAGGUGGCAUGGCAUAAGGGACAUCCUUUGUCGCAGACACUAUUUACGUCAAUCUAUCUCGAUAAAUUAUUGUGGCCAGUGCCGAGGAACAUAGACGACGCUCGGUUUGACCGUGUGCCUAGUGAUUCGCCUUUGGUUAAUCUUGUCCUUCGGGCAUAUUGCCUUGCACUGGUAAAGGCUUGUGACCUUGUACAUGGUCGCGUGGCCACUGAAUAUUAUUAUGAGGAAGAAGAUUUCGUCAGCCAGCUGUACAAUCGCAAUCUACUUUCUGCGUUCAAUAUGUCACAUUUCCACCGUUUGCUGGAGCAGGCGGUUGCUUGGAUUGUCGAGCAGAGCGAUAUUGACCAGCACCUGAAGGAUGCCAUCAUUUGCAGACUAGUGUUUCGACGCGAGUUUCUGUAUGCAUUAGAUCAAGAUCUUGAAGUUCUGGAGACCAGAUCCACAAAGAGUUUUGCUUCUUGUUUAUCUCAACUUGGACCUUUGACAGAGACGGUCUCGCUCGGGAAGCCAAUCCCCGAGGCUUUUAGUUUGAAGAUUCAACGAAAGCUGGCGAGCACAGUGCCGCCUCGUCCAAUGGUUCAUAUUAACUCUGGUGAUGCCCUAGAACAUCUAAAACGGCUGUGCCAAGAUGCGAUAGACAUGCAGCAGAUGCUUGAUUACACCGGCCCGAGCAAUUUCAAGACUGCAGUAUGGACCUUGCUUUCUCGAAAACCGCAACCAUCGAUAUAUAUCCGUUGUCUCCUUCAAGCAUUGAUUGUUAGCAAUAUGACGAUUCUAGGCGCCGUACCAGUUAAGGAGUUCUUGUAUGAUGAACUUGCAGAACUAGUCCUACCCGCCAAUAUCCUGAUUGAGGCCAAUACCGACGAAGUGGAAAUGCCGUCCGAUCCCCGGUUUCAGAUUGCCCAGAAGAUGGAUGGGUUCAUGAAGCGAUUUGCCCAGCCAUUUGUUGACACCGUGCGAUGUGCCUGUCUUAACCGCUGUCGCAUUCGCCGGACGCUCUGUCAUACCCUCGUUGAUUGGGAUAAUCUACAGAUAGAGGCCGAAGAAAUUGAUCUUGAGCUUCGCACGUUAAGUGCAGAACCGCCGCUGCAAUUCCAGGGCGGCGAACCCACCUGGUCUUUCCCCCUAAGCAGCUGGGCCUAUCACCAGAAGCUCAUCCAGUUCCGACUUAUUCUUCAGAUGGGCUUCGAGCUGUCGAUCUAUUCCCCCGAAGAGCUACCAGGCAUGUAUUGGUACCUGUCUCAUAUUUGUUCCACGCAUCUUGGUCACAUUGAUCGCAUCCGUACAUUCAUGGUGGCCGCACGAAAACGCGACUUGAUGUCUACUGGUGACCGUGCGGGAAGCUCCCCUCAAAAGGCAUCCGCUUUCCACCGUUCAUUCCACACUCUGGAGCGGCUGACGACACAUAUUAUCGCGGUUGAUGCGUUUGCGAUCGCUCUUCAUGCAUUGUACGUGGUGCUGGCCCGGCAUAACGUGCUCCCAAUUGCCUCUUCUCCCCAGGCAUAUUCCACCGACCGACUCCGUUACGAGAUCCGCAUGAAACCUUUCAUCCCCAUCACAUUGCCGGAGUUGGUUCCAUAUGAGGAAUACCAGCGUGAAGCGGCUCUCGAGGGUGAUUCGGAUGUCAUCAUUCUGGAGCGUGCUUCCAAAGCGAUUACAGAAGCACGCAAGGCAUGGGAAGCGACUCUCGCCAAUGGAGCAUUCAUUGAUGAUUUGGCUACACCAUCUAAACCACCUCCUUCGGCCAUUGAAGAAGAUUGGAAGCGCGACGUGAAGAACACCAUGCGUGCCUGCAUUGGAACUAGUCUUGCCAUCGAGGCGGUGAAAAAGGCACUCUCUGCUGCCUCUUCCACGGAAGCUCAAUCUCUCCAGUUGGAGGUGGCCGUUCCUGAAGUCGGAUCUAAGUCUCGCUGGCAUGACUGGUGGGUAGUACCGCAGGUGUCCGAGAAGAAGUCGAAGACCUGA